AGCUGCCUUUGUCACGUUGAAAGCAGGUGCACCUUAUUUGCCUCGAUAGAGUCGUACGAGGCCAUUCGUGCCUCUCUCUCUCUCUCACCACCGUAGCACUGCGUGGGUGCUGCUGUUGUGGACACCGUUUCCGUGCGGCAAAAAAAGACCAUAAGCUGAAGAAGAAAAGGGCUCUUGUGUGUGUGUGUGUGUGUGUGUGUGUGUGUCGAAGCAGCACCGUCGCAUUGUGCUCUCCUUCUUCUCUUGCGGAGAAUUGCCAUGCAGGUCGAUCUGCGUCGCCGUGGGCUUCAGUCCUUCAAUCCAGCCGAGUUUGCCAACUCCGACGAACAUCUGCAGCUGCUUCUGCAGAUCCGCCAGCUGGACCUGUCCUUCAACUCCCUCUACACCAUUCGCGGCCUUGAAGGGCUGACGCACCUCACCGUGUUGAACAUAUCCAACAAUGGCCUGCGCUCUUUAGGCGGUGGUCUGCCGCUAACUCUGCAGGAGCUCGACGCCUCCCACAACUGUCUCGCCACACUUCAAAACGCAGCGCUGCUUCCUUUGCAGGCCCUCACCUCGCUGGACGUUUCUUUUAACGAACUGGAGGAUCUCCGCGGGGUGCCGAACGUGACCGCGAAGCUUGCCUUCCUAGACGUCCGCAGCAACCGUCUCGGCUCUCUGCAAGGGCUCGAGCACUGCGCUGAGCUGCGCACGCUACACGCCGAGGCCAACAUGCUGCGUGAGGUGGGCGACGUGGCCUCUCUCAAGUCCCUGUCGAACGUGACGGCGGUCUUUCUUGCUGGCAACCCAAUUCUCCUGCGGAAGCGACUGCUGCGUCAGCUCCGUCUUCUUCUGCCACCCAGCGUGGAUCAGGAUGACGUGCCGACGACGGCGCCGCCAAGCAGCGUGCGCAGCUCAACCGCGCCUCCGCCCUCCGCACCGGGCACGCUGUCCGUCUGCUCGCUGGAGAACAGCACCUUUGCGUCCUCCAUCGGCUCCCGAGAAGGAGCGGAGGAGGAAGAGCAGCGGCAGCAGCAACAGGCUCCUCCCCACACAAGUCAACUCAGCAGUCGUCCCGCCAGCGUUCACCAAAGCGGUCUGCCCUUGGCUGCUGCGGACUGCUACAACCCCCACAGAUCCGCUGCUUCACGACCUCCCCUGCGCAUGUCCUUGUCGCCCACCGCGCACAACGCACCGGCUCCGUUGUCCACAGCAGGGGUGGGCGGGGACACGGACAGUCCAUCGUGUCGACGCCGUGCACUGCCGCAGGAGCAUCGCCUCGGUGACUCACCCGCCUCCGCCUCUCCCGAGCGCUUUGUUGAUCCAUCAGUGAUGUCAGCAGCAACUACAACAACAACAGCGGGCUCCUCGACGCUGAGGCGCUCAGCCCCGCCACCGGGCCUGUCGCCGUCCGCUCGGCCACCCACCACUUCGCACACCGCAACGGCGGCCUCUGUGUGGGAGCGACCAAGACCACCCCAGCAGGACAGACGGUUUGUGUCUUCGGAAAGGACGAGUAGAGGUCUUUCCCGCGAGGAGCUAGAGGAGCAGCUGAUACGCGUUAUGGCCGAACGCGAUGCCUAUCGGCACGAGGCCACCACCCUACGAAGGAAGGUCGAUGACCUGCAGCAACGACAACAACAGCUGCUGUUGGCGGUCCAUGUAGAAGCGGAAAAUGAAAGAGAAUCAAACCACAAAAACCAACAGCACUCUUCCUCGUCCGACUUGAUGCCCUCUGCGUUUUCUGACUUGCGAUCUACCACGCUGAACAGCAUUCCAUCGCGAACUGUUUUGAGUACUGAUGCGAGUCACCUCAAGGAUGCAUCGGCGUCAAGUUUUCAGCAGCAAAAACAGGACCAUAAUGCGGCGGCGGCAGCGGCCACGCGUCCUUCUCCGCGGGUCCUGGCAGUAGAAGUGUCCGCGUACUCCUCCUCGGCUGCCUCUGAGGUGGGUGAAAAGAAACUCAUGGGCACCGUAAAGUCUCCAGACGAAGUAGAUACGACCAACAGCAUCCGUGCCGAUCCAACACCACCCCCGUCACGCAACAACCCCCUGCGCAAGACAGCGACGCUGGCGAAUGCGAACGAUCGGCGUGCCGUCGCCGCCCUCUUCAUGUCAAAACUCCGCAGCUCCUCCUCCGAUUAG